UGAUCUAAAUGGGUUCUGUACUGGGUUCGACCGUGAAAAACAAAGAAGCAGUGGAAAUGGCUCUAUCGAAGGCAAAGGAUAUCGUUAAUUCUACUCCCGUUGUCGUCUUCAGCAAGACCUAUUGUGGCUAUUGUGCAAGAGUCAAGCAACUAUUUUCUCAACUAGGUGCAAAUUACAAGACCAUAGAGAUGGAUGUAGAAAGUGAUGGAAAAGAAACCCAGGCCGCAUUGGCUGAGUGGACGGGUCAGACAACAGUUCCAAAUGUGUUUAUUGGCGGAAAACAUGUUGGGGGCUGUGACAAGGUGAUGCAUAAGCAUAAAGCCGGAUUACUAGUACCCCUCCUAACUGAGGCUGGUGCUUUUCCCAGUAAAUCUGAAAACGCGUCCUCCAGUUCAAGUAAUCUAUAACAGGCAUGUAUGAUCUGUAAUAAGUUCAAUUCAGUUGUCUUUUUAAAUAUUUCCAUGAAAUUCAUGUUGCUGAUUGGUAUUGUUUGAUAAAUAAUUAAGUGCUUAUUUGAAUUAAAGUUCAUUUAUAAUCACUUAAUUAUUUAGAUAAAGCUUAAAUUAAGAUAAAAAUCUUGUUUUAUUCUAAAAGUUAGGAGUAAUACAGUCACAAACCCACCCCACUACAAGGGUACAACAGUCUUUUAUAUUCUCGAUAUCAGUUUCACAUUUAUUAAACCAGCUUAGAUAUAUUUCAAAUUCAGAUAUCCUCAUUUCAUUUAUUCAACUUACAACUAAACAAAUUCGACACUUAAAUUAAUUUUUUCAGCUUUCCUUAUUUAAUUCACUUCAGGUUUUAUCAAAUGCAGGAUAACCAGUUGGCUGUUGUUUUUAGUUGCUCAAAUACAGCUGCCCCGUUGUAUAUUCUUCGUCGAAAAAACAAAAUCUCUCCAAGUGCUGGUCCUUGUAGAAUUUAUCUUGCUUGAAAGUUCUGUUUUUUUUUUUUUCUUUACUUUUCUGUGUUGGUUUAUCAAUCAACAGUUAUGGGCUAGUAUAAUGAAACCCAUAUAGAAAAAAUCUAUUGAAAUAUGCUUUAGAAACCAUAUUAUUGAAAGUUUAUAGACAAACUGUUGUUCUCUUCUUCU